AGAGAUAAAUCAACGUUUCAUUGAACCAAGGAAAUCCAGCUCUGAACAACCGGAUUAUACAAACAAUAAAAUAUGCGUUCAAUAUACCAGCUGAACAACAUAUGAUUCCCAUAAUUUCAGAAAUACAUAUUAUGGGCUUAUUGUUUAACAUAAAAUCUAAAAGAAAAUUGGCACUGAUUUAUUACAUUACAUAUAGCAGCCUAAUAUCUGUCAAAACACCAGCUAUAGGUGUUGAAAAUAUCACAUCGUUAACAAGAAAACGUGUUGUUGUCCAUGUCCGCCACCAUGCUGACCAUGAGGAUGAUGUCCUCCGCCAUGACCGUGCGGGUGAUGUCCUCUGCCACCACGAUGAGCAUGUGGGUGAUGUCCUCCGCCAUGAGCAUGAUGAGCAUGUGGUUGAUGUCCUCCGCCACCAUAACAAUGCCCUCCUCCUCCAAGAGGACCAUGACCAUGACCGCCGUGAUCCCCACCGCCACCAUGACAAUGCCCUCCUCUUCCGCCAUGACCAUGUCCAUGUCCUCCGUGAUGUCCUACGCCAUGACCAUGUCCAUGUCCUUCAUGAAGUCCCUCACCGUGGGGUGGGGUAUGAUGAUGAUUUCCGUGGUGAGACAUUUUCUAAUGUAUUUCUCAACUCAAAGCUCAGAAUAUUGGAAGUGAGUUUAUAG